AUGGAUCCCAAGAUCCUAAAAGGAGGGCAGGAUGGGUAUGGUGGUGGUUUUGUUUUCAAGGAACUUGAACAUCUGAAGAUAUUUUUGUGCAAAAAGGAUUCGUCCAAUGUUCUUGCACAGUUGCUCAAAGACUCCCCUAACUUACGAGUACUAGAAAUCUCGCACAUGAAAGAUCAUGGGGAUGAUGUGCUUAAUUGUAUGGUUAGCUGGAACGAACCGAGUCGUGUUCCUGAAUGCUUGUUGUCGAGUCUACAGUUGUUCAAAUGGUCACAAUACUUUGGGAGACGGCAAGAUCGAGAAAUUGCGGUUUACUUGUUGAAAAACGCUCGUCACUUAAAGACGGCAACAAUAUUGGCUGAUACAAUGGAAUUUGGUGUUCCAAAACUUAAUAUGGUCAAGGAGUUGACACUUUCUUCCAGAACUUCAAGCACAUGCGAGCUCGUGUUUGUUGAGUGGCAUCAUGUUGUGGCGGACGAGUCUUUGUCAGAAGACUCUUCGGCAUAA